AAAAAUGCAGCAAGCAAGUGGUAUUGUGCCUAAAGACCUGAAUAACUUUUUCCAUGCAGGAGAAGUAAAAAUGAAUCCACCACGACCUGAAUUUAAUGCCAGUGACCUUCAAGGCAAGCAAGUAUCUUUCAGCAGAACAGCAUCAGGAGGUUCAUUUAUAGUAACCAAUAUUCCAAGUGGCUCUAUUCAAGAUGUAUUCCCACCAUCUCAAAUCACUGACCUCAAGGCUCAGAUAGAAGGAAAUCGAAUUAAUCUGACAUGGACAGCUCCUGGAGAUGACUAUGAUGAUGGUCAAGCCCAAGAGUACAUCAUACGAAUGAGUGAAAAUAUCCUUGACCUACGGGAUAAGUUUGAUGAUGCUCUCCAAGUGAACACUACUCACCUGACACCUAAGGAGGCCAGCACCCAGGAAUUCUUUGUGUUUGAGCCAAAAGGCAUCAAUCUGGUAAAUGGCACCAACAUCUGCAUUGCCAUCCAGGCUGUUGAUAAAGCAAAUCUGAAGUCCAAAUUAUCCAACAUUGCACAAGUAUCUGUAUUUAUACCUCCAGAGGAGACCCCUUGUAGUGGCAGUCACAUCUAUAAAAUAAUGUUGAAGUGGCUGGGUGAGCUGCAGGUGACGAUACCGAAGUAAAGGGCCUUAUGUAUAGAGGCCUGAAGCUCAGGUUUUGUGAGAGGAGUACAAAUCCAGUUUUUCUUCUGGCUUUGUCCCACCUCAUCCAUUCCCCUUUUGAUUAUAAACAUUUCUCAGAUGUAUUCCUGAUUGCCGGGUGUGAAGGAAACAUUGACAUGUGGAUGAUGUAACACAAAAUAUCUGGAUGUGUAUGUGAAAGGACUAUUUAGCCAAGUGUGACAAUUAUCACCUUUUUAUUCACUAUCCUGCCCACUGACAAAUAAAGUCUACUCUCAUUUACCA